UUAAAAAAAAAAAAAAAUAAAUCAAAAAGUAAAAGGUUAUCGUUAAAAAAUAAUUCAUAGAUUUACUUUGAAUACUAAAUUUAAAAUAAAUAAAAUAAUAUAUUUAUUUUUAUCAACUUUUAUAUAAUUUCGCGUUGGCGCUUUAUUAUCUUGAUAAAUAUAUACAUAUAUGUAAGUACAAGUAGAUAUAUAUACUCACAUGAGCACUCACAUGGUUGUUGAUGAUAAUCGUCAGAGUUGGGAUACAAAUUUGCGUCUUUCGUAAUUAAUAUUUCGCAGUAUCAGUCAGGAAUUUUAAAAAAUCACUGCCUUCUAGACAAUUGUUAAAUUUUUGUUAUUUUUUUUGACAUCUGGGGUUUGGGGGGAUUAUUAUUAAAUAAAAUAAAGGAUGCCGGUGGCAAGCAGUGCGACCAGUUCAAUAAGUGGUUGGCUGCCAAAAUGGCAACUUGCUUUGGCAGUGGGUGCACCAGUGGCACUUGGACUAGGAUAUAUUUAUUACAAAAACACAAGUCAAGAAAAAUCAAAAGGUGGAAAGUCAAAUGGUGUAGGGACUGAGAAACAGAUUUCAAUUGAUGGUGAUACUUUGACUAAAAGUAGUCAAAAGCCUGAGACUCCAACUGCUAAGGCGCAGCGAUUUAAGACCCUUGGAAAUCAAGCUUUUGGUGCUGGAAAAUAUGACGAAGCUAUUUCGUUUUAUAAUAAAGCUAUCGAGACCUGUCCUACUGAUCAAAAUGUUGAAUUGGCUAAAAAUUAUCAAAACAGAGCUGCUGCUCAUGAUGCACUGGAAAACUAUAGCUCGGUAAAGGAUGACUGUACAAAAGCAUUGGAGCUCAAUCCGACGUAUACAAAAGCCUUAUUAAGAAGAGCACGUGUUAUGGAAAAAACAAACGAAUUAGAAUUAGCACUGGAAGAUGUUACUGCUGCUUGUAUUCUUGAGAGAUUUAUGAGCCAAUCAACGCUUUUAAUGGCUGACAGAGUUUUAAAAGAAUUAGGUAAACAGCAUGCCCAUGAACAUAUGAAGAAAAGAAAACUUGUUAUGCCCAGUAAACAUUUUAUAAAAACGUACUUCAGUUCAUUUAAAAACGACCCAAUAUUUUCUGGUGACUCUGAUGACAAUGACAAUACAGCUCUAGCAGAAGUAAUCCAAAUGUUUAAAGAUGAAAAAUAUGACGAAAUAAUUGAUGCAUGUACAAACAAAAUAGAAAGUUCCGGCCCAGAAGACACUCAGGUUAAAUUAAAGUUACACCUUCUACGUGGUACCUUCUAUUUAUUACUCGGACAACACGAGGACGCGAUCGAAGACUUGAAUGCGGUAAUCAACAGCGAGGAAUCACCAAAGAACGUUAAAGUUAACGCGCUGAUAAAAAGAGCGACGAUGAACAUGCAGUUAGAAAAUCCAGACAAAUGUUUCGCGGACUUUAAAACGGCUAUCGAGAUUGAUUCUGAGUGCGGAGAUGUCUAUCAUCACCGUGGACAAGUUAAUUUGUUGUUGGACAAAGUUGAUGAAGCCAAAGAAGAUUCAGAGAAAGCAUUGAAAUUAAAUCCCAACUCUGGAAUAGCGUUUGCUCAGAAAUGUUAUAUGGACUACCGACAUGCUGCUACGACCAGAUCUCCCACUUUGGUUGAUAUUGCAAUCAAAGAAUUUGAACGUGCAUUUGAUUUAUUUCCAGACUGUUGCGAAUGUUAUACAUUAUACGCUCAAAUGUUGUGUGAUUCACAAUCUUACGACAAAGCUGAUGAAUAUUUUGCUAAAGCCAUUGAUAAAGAUCCAUCAAAUGCAACUAUCCGUGUACAUAGAGGUCUACUCCAAUUACAAUGGACUGGAAAUGUUGAAAAGGCUGUCGAGUAUAUCAACAAAGCACUUGAGUUGGAUCAAAAAUGUGAAUUUGGAUACGAAACACUGGGAACAAUUCAAGUCCAACGAGGAAAUCUAAAAGAAGCCAUAGAAUUAUUUGACAAAGCACUAGAAUUAGCCCGAACAGCUCUGGAACUUACUCACAUAUUUAGCCUCCAAGAUGCUGCGAAAGCACAGCUCAAAGUCGGUCAAAGAUUAGGCGCUAAUUCGUUGUUUGGUAUAGGAAAUGUCAUGUCGUAAUAAAAUAUAACUAUAAUUUACAAAAUUGCAUAAAAGAUAUGUAAAGAUUGCAUUUUAUAAUGGAUUUCAUACCCAUGAAUAGAAAAUUUAAAAUUGACAUUCACAUCGAAGGCAAAAGCAACUUAAAAUUUAUCAAUUAUGUUAAAAUAAUAAUAACAGU